CAACGCAAUCUUACUAGUUGGCAGGAAGUGAAUCCCCGCAUCUUCACAGAUCUUUAAUGUUAUUUCGCCUGUUUCGCUUCUUUCGGUGUUUUGCAUCAAAUGUAUAAACUACUGAAAUGCUGCUAAGGGACACUUUAGGAUUUAUUAGCCUUCUUCAGUGUUUGAAACCGUCAGGUAUGUAGCGAAUUUUCAGUGUAACGACAAGGAGAUGGAAUGUUAAUUCCACUGAGUGUUAUUUCCAUUUUAGUCAGAUAUUUUCUACCAGAUUAUCUCACUAUUAUUUUCUUUUGGGCCAGUCAGUAGUCAUAGAAAAUACUCUAUUCGUUAUCUGAUUUGAAUAUGAUCUAAACUGGCCGCAAAAUGACAGAAGAGACAGUUCCUGACAAGACAUGCUUUCCACUUUCACUACAAAAACUGUCCGAUUGACGUAUCAUAUACAUAGCGCGAUGAUAACUAGGUUCAGAUACAAUAACAAUUUAGUGCUCGGGAAAAGAGAUCUUGAGCUAGGAGACCAGUUUGACGUUUUCCAAUUAUUUGUUUCUAUGAAAAUUGGGAAACAUACUUUGCUAUAAAAGUCUCAAACACACUGACCGGAAGUCUCCAAAGACUGAGCCGGAUUAAUUGGUCUUCUAAAGAAUUUUAGGAUAACCGUGUUAAAAUUUUCUUCCGACUGGAAAAUUCACAAUCCUUAGGACUCGAGGGCUAAACUAGCAUUUGAAAUAACGACUCAAGAAAUUUUUAAAAAACAUUUCAUCUUUAAGUUUUGCUCACUAGACUCCUGGAGAGUGAGGGAGAGGGGAGAGCGGGUGGUGGUUGUUUGGGUGUGAUGUCCUCUUCUUGACCUUAUUUCCGACCACCGGACGCUAUUUUUGGUCUUUUCUUUGUUUGUUUGUUUUCUUCCUGGCUUUUAAACUGAAACUGCCAUACUGAAAAUAAACUGGAGUUCCAACAACUAAGGAAAUACAAUGACUAUUAUACUGUACAAGGAGCCCAUGAACCGCGGCGAGCAACGCACGUCUUCAUGUCACAUGUCACGGCGUUUUCAGGGCUCAGUUUAUUUCUAAGAUCGAUAUUAUCCCGCGAAUGCUGACUAUCGGCAUAUGUCCGCAAUGUUGGCAAAACCUCAUUGUCAUGACUAUUAUUGUUACAUGUACUAUCAUUAUCAGCCCUAUCAUCAUUUUCGCUAUGUAAUAAUUACUGUUAUUACUUCUGAGGUUUUGUCGAACUCACUGUAUGAUGACCUAUGAUAUUUUUUUUACCUCGAUCAGUUUAUGUCCUUGCUGGAUGGUGCCCCUUUUGCAACACUAAAAAUUGUUGAAUGACGGUUGAAUAAAGGUGAACAUUGAAUUUUUUUUAGGGUCAAAUCGCUGGCCCGCCGGUACAUACGGGAUACCAAAACCUGAUUCCGGGUGUCCAAAGACGGACCACUUUCAGUGGCUGGAGGGAUGGAGAUCCCAAGGCAGUAAUAGCAAUAACCUAAACAAUUCGUGUUCAGCGGAAUUUCACCUCGAUGGAACCGUAGACAACACAAAAGUUAACAGGUCAUUUUGCAUCAAAGACGAUACCAAAUACGACUCCAUUAGACCCACCUGGCCCAAAGGUUUGUAUUGAAGCAUUUUUCUAUAACCUGGACUAGUUAUUCGAGAACUGGCGUUUAUUCAGGUCUGUUCAUGUUUGGUUACCAAAACGACAGAUACGUUUUGUGACUCAUCGCUAUUUAUUAUUAUUAAUUUAUUGUUAAUCAUUUUUUUUGUUUAUUUUAAUUUAAUAAACACAAUUAAUGACUUUCACAUUCAUAUUUGCUUGGUUUUCACAAUAAAAGCAAGCAUGGUACCGCAACCACAAGGAUCGGGAUAAUUUCUUAAUUUUCUCCUAGAUAUAGGGUCAAUUUAAUAAAACUUUUACAUGUGUAAUUUACUAGUGUAGCCAUUGUUUUAGAGUCUAGUAACAAUAGCUACACUUGUAAAUUGCACUUGUGAAAGGUUUAUUAAAUUGGCCCUUGCUUUCGGUUGUGCGUACGUUUAGGUUAUGCCGUUUAAAAACGGAGCGCAGCAUAAACACCAGGCGAUCUUUUAUGCCUGGCCAUUUCGAUGACUUGGUCUCGCUUCACUCACUUAGCUGAUGGCAGCGUGUUCCUGCUUGACUGCUAUUUUUGGGACAAAACAAGAUGCAGGUGUUGCAAGUGUACUCAGCAUUUCACGAGUUACUGUAGUUCCUUCAAAUAUAGAACUGAGGCACUACUGUUUUAAUUGCUAAUUUGCACGUGACGUCAUGGCAGCCUUGUUGGUGUUCAGGAACAAAAACAUUUCUAUCCCCUGGCAACUUAACUCCAUUUUGAUGCAAAUUCUUUAAAAUAAUUUUUUAUUGCAUUGACCACUGACUUAGCCGUCGUGUCACCUUGUUGGAGAACAAGAAUAAAGUUUCUUGUAAUUCUGUUAAAAAAAAGCUGAGAACUUGCUUCUUCCAUUCGUAUCCAACGGCAACUCGUUCUUAAUUUUAAAAACGCAGAGAGGUUUCGUUCGUGCGUCGGUAGUAAAAAUUACUCUUUACAUUUUGCAUCUAAUAUAAAACAUGUGAGUAACUUAGAGUUUGGCUGCUGAAUGAACGAAAACUAAAUAAACAUGCUCCAGUUAACCAACGGUCCAAAAUUAGACACAAAGCCCCACAUUUAACUGAAUAUUCCCGAAACAUGUUGACAUCCUUUGGGCCGUUGUUACUAGAGUGCUGUACAGUACCGCAAGUGAUCCCCAACCGCAAAUGAUCCCGAGACCGCAAAUGAUCCCCAAAAUGGACCGCAAAUGAUCCUCGACCGCAAGUGAUUCCCAAAGUUGACCGCAAAUGAUCCCGUGAAAACUUGAGGAAUGGAAUGGAUUUUAUGGGACUGAUUACAAAAAAGGACUGAUUAUAAAAAAAGGAACCUUUUUCUCGCACCUUCUAAAGAAAAAGGGAAGGAGGACGCUACAUCUCAGGUCAAUUUAUACAAGGCGAAAAAAAAAGUAGAAUAAAUCUGAAGAGGAUAUGGUAUCAACCGUAUACUUCUUCCUUUGUCAAUUGCUUCAAUUUUCUUUCAAGAACUGUUUCGUCGCUGAAAAUUUAAGACAGGCAGGACGUUACGCAGAAAAAACUCUAUUAUUUUAACGCCCAAGCUCAACUUGUCUACUGAGGAAUACAAAGCCGGGCACCCUCUACAUAUCUUUUUAGAAGCGUCGAAUUAAUUUUCAGAAUAUUUAGUUUUGAUUUUUCUCUGAAGUGUAAAUUUUACGUGGUAAACAGCAAGACAUUGGUUGGUAACUUAUGAGUGCCCCAGGCCUGGCAGUGCACAGUUAAAAAACAAGACGUGAUUUGAAAUAAACACACGUCAAAAUGCCACCGAACUUAUCGAUGUCCACAGUUUUCGGUUAAUUUUGAAAGAGCAACUUGCCUACAGCUCAUGAACAUGUUGCGAAUAGUUACAUUGACGCUUAUAUGUAUAUCCAUUUUUUUGCCUUUGCUGUAGACAGUUACCAGGAAUCUAAACCUGGUAAUGAGAAACGCAAAAGCGAGGCAAGCGGUAGUUAUCGCGUGACAAAACAUCGUAGGAACCGUCACAUUCACGGACUAAAAGAAAGUCGCUUAUAAUUGUUCGGAUCCAUGAGGCACUUAAAAGAAAAUUAAACAACCUAAAACCCUUAUUUAGCCGGAACGAGAAGCAUUGCAUUUCAAAAGAGGUGAAAAAAUGCUCUUGCAUUAAAGGACAAAUCCAGCAAAUCAUGCCGACCACAAACAACAAUAGCCGCAGAAAAUGCGUGUCAUGACCUCUCAGUAUGAAAUAAGCGGCAAAAAUCACAUUUGCUCAGUCAAAACGUUUUCCUUCAGGUGUAGUCUACCCGCCAGAGAAAAAAAUUCAUUAGUACAAGCAGCAUUUUGGCAUGAGCUAAAAGUCGUGUGUUGCCUACCGACUUGGUUUUACACUUGAAUGAUUUUUUUCAUUUAGUUUUUAUUCAUGUAUAUACGUAUUUAUUUAAGAACUGAAAUUUAGCGUCUAAUGUUACUUUUUGUAUUAAUAAUAAAAUCGUCACGACGAUCCGCUAACUCGAGUCUAAGCCAUUCCUAUUUUUCUUUCGGGAUCAUUUGCGGUCGACUUUGGGGAUCACUUGCGGUCGAGGAUCAUUUGCGGUCCAUUUUGAGGAUCAUUUGCGGUCUCGGGAUCAUUUGCGGUUGGGGAUCAUUUGCGGUUGGGGAUCAUUUGCGGUACUGUACAGUGCUCACUAUGCAUUGGUACUUUAAUAAAUGAUUAAAACAGCAAUGUUAACCUUUUUCUGUGAAUUCUGAUCCUUAUUGCUCAAAGGAAGCGAAGUCAUGCAAGCCUGAUUUACACGAUAAUAAUAAUCAUCACUUAUUAUCCACUUAAAACAUUUCUCCGUUGCUGAUUGGCUCAAAUUCCCCGGCUAAUUCUUCAUAACCAGCUAGCGUUGACCAGAUUGUUAAGACGUUUGCGACGUUCCGUUAUUUGACUAAACAGCUCUUCAUAUCCUGAAUUUGACGAGGAACAAGAUGAUGAAGACGGGAACUUGACAUCGAUCGAGGAAAGCGUGUUUUAAAGUAACAAUUAUUUUGAAUGAAUAACAAAACAACCAUUGGUUGGAUCUCAAGUAUUUUGCAGAUUAUACUCAGCCUUAUUAAAUAAUUGCUAAAAAUCAUAAUCAUCAUCAUAAUCAUAACUUUUAUGAUCUUAAUAAAAGUAAUAGAAAUGAUGAUGAUGAUGACGACGACGAUUAGGAUGCGGCUGAUGAUGAUGAUCGUGUUGUUGUUCGUAUAUUAAAUUCCCUUCAUUUUAACUUCCUCUGCAGGUCAAUACUGUAUUUAUAAAAAAGGGAAGUGCCCUUACGUUAUGCACAUUGGUUUCGUCGAGUGGGACGAUGAAAAUUCUUUGAACGCGAACUCUAAAGGUGGAACGUGUCCUGCUGGCAAAUAUGUCGGCGAUAACACAGAGAUAAGGUUUUGCUGCAGAACAGACGGUAACAAGAGAGAACCCAUCAUCCUCCCAACUAAACUCCCAUUUUUUCUGUUGGCUUAUGGAUCAGGUGAAUGCCAAAUGGUCAAAUGGGCGAUAGCGACCUCAGAAUGGAUAUAUUACGACACAGAAAAGGUUAACAAUAGGGACGACAGAAGAUGGCCCUAUCCUUAUAAUGCUGAGACACGACACCCUACAAUUCAUUACUGCUACUAUCGUGGUAAGUAUUAUAGGCGGAUUUAGCAAAGUCAACGCGACAUAAAUGAAAACGCGAAAACGGGCGGAAAGGAUUGAACUCGACUUCCGGUGCUCAAUUUGUCAGUGUGCCGUUGGUUAAUUUCAUACAUGGGAAAUUUUGGCUUCUGGAAUCCGUAAUCCUCGGUUUUAGAAUCUGGAAUACAGUUCAAGGAGUCCGGAAUCCAACUAAAGAUUUGAAUCCGAAAUACAAAUCCCACUGACAAAGAAUCCGAAAUCCACUACCUAGGAGACAGGGCUCGGCUUUAAAAUGGCUUCCCCCACUAUUUGGAACAUUUGACAGGUAGUAAUUAGGAAGCAAGGAAAUUAUAGUAUUUUGAGAAACAGUUAAAGACCUACUAUUUUAGACUUGCACAUAAUUUCUAACCUAAUUUAGAUACACAUAAAUUUUUACUCUCUAUUUGAUUAAUUCUUUGAAACAUGUUCAAUUUCUAGAGUAAACGAACUUUCAAAUCCCAAGGUAGAAGAACUUAUUAUGCACAAGCUGUCAUUUCGUUCCACGGUGGAAUCUUUAUCACGUAAUGAAGUUGGACGUAACUUGAUUUAUACUGCGAAUCACGUGACAAAGCGUCCCUAUUGUUCGCGGGGAGCUCGUAACCAGCGUCUCAGUUCAUUGUUGGAACCCAAUAAAACAUUUUGAUGGCCUCCCACACUCUUCCCUAAAACAUAUCGUCUUCUCUCGCAAGGUUCGAAGAGGAGGUGAUCACGAUUCUAGGAAAUGCAAGAAACGUUUUGCUCACUUUUCGAAAUAUGACCAGUUUUAGCAUUGUUAAUGACAGUUAUUCAAUCAUUGAGCUACACAGUCAAUUCCCUCUUUUGCGAAUAAUCCAUAAUCCUAAGAUCGCAAGUUAGAGUCAUCAACAGAGGGUUGGAAUAGCGGAAGUUAAUUUUUUUUUCCCCGUCUGCAACUUAAUUUUGUGAAGGGUUUAGCUGCUGUUCGAAACUGUUCGUAUUAUUGAGUUGUUUAGUUGUUUGCAACGUUCGCAACGUCGACUGUAUAUUCCAACAUAGCUGUCUGAUACUCUCAUUUUUUUUGUAGGAUGCAAUACACUCUUAAAUGGAACCAGAGGAACUUUUCACUCGCCAAACUAUCCAGCAAAAUACCCGAAUGGACAAUACUGCUCGUGGAGGAUCACGGUCAAUCCAGCCCAGCGAAUUCACUUAGUAUUUACAACGUUCAGCUUGCAAAACGAGAACAACACGGAUGCAUUAUACGUCUACGAUGGCAAGAAUGAAGAGGGAAAGGAACUGGGAGUGUUCUACGGGAAACAUCCUCCCCCUAUAAGAGGAAUUUGCUCUUCGUCAAAUGAAGUAUUUGUUAUGUUUAUAUCGGAUAGUAGUGUGUCUUCCACCGGUUUCAACGCGUCGUACUGCGACAAUCAAUGCCCAGGUAAGUGAUGUCCGGGAUUUGAGAGGUUCCAUGGUGGUGGGGGGGUUGGACGGACUUAACGUUUGUUUUGGCCCGUAAGUCCGGUCCCGCUCUGUGUACGAAAUACGUGAAACUACUCCGAGAGGUUCCGUGUCUUGUUAACGAUUUUCGUUAGCUUAGAAGUUGUUUUUCGUUGACUUGACGCGAGCUUGGUCUAAUUUAACUUGGGUACCCUGCGUGCUAUGCACAAAUGCGACUAAAGGCAUGGUGAAGGAACUUAAUGAUAAUAAUAAUUAUAAUAGUAAUAAUAAUAAUAAUAAUAAUAAUAAUAAUAAUAAUAUAGCCAUUUGUAGGGCGCAAAUUCAUGACCCCUCUUUAUAGCCAAUAAAAGCUAGCUUGCGCACUUCUUUAAACAUUUUAAAAUGUUUAAAGUGUUUAUGGUCUGAAAAAAAAAAGAAUAUUAACGGUUUUUCCUUUUCUCAGAAACGACCACUGCUGCCUCAACCUUGUCAGUAAUAACGAAGAGCACAACUAGCAAAGAAUAUACAACGACAAAGGGAGGUGCAAAGGGAGAUAAAACGGAACAGAGUGAGGAAAAAGGCAAGAAACCUCUAUGUCAUCCAAUGAAGAUUCUAGAUUUCUACCAUACUCUGUGAUUCUUAAUUUCAGUGGUUUAAUUAUCUAAUAUAUAUCACAUGACAUAUGCAAAUUGCAUAUUAAUGUUUAAAGAGAUUUGCAAGGACUACAAUGCCUCUCAGCCUAUACGCGUUUGUUAUGUUAGAAGGUCUAGAGGGUCGCUAAUAGGUUUUUUGAGAUCCCGGAUUGGCCAUAAUCUGAACCGAGGUCGGGAUUCGGGAUUUCAAGGCAAAAUGGAAGUGAGAUUCGGAAUUUAAAAUAUGCGUGGCACGCAGGAUGCUAAAAUUUACCAUCGGUGAAAACUUAUCUUUUUAAGAAGGCUAUUAAUUUAUGAUCGUCCUAGGAACAUAUUUGCUACAUUUUCUUUAUUCGAUUUUAUUCAUUUUUUUAUCCUUUUUAACAAUAUUGUUAAUUUUAACACUUAGCUUAAUUUUAAAAUUCUUAAACAGUGCAUUAUUAUUCAAAUCAAUAUUAUUUUUAAAACAUUUGAGAGUCGUUGUAAAGCGCCAUUGGACAGGAAUGGAAAUGGCGUUAUUCUUCUUAUUACGUAUCAUUAUUGAUAUUGAAGAAAGCUAUCGAGCGUUUUCACAUGACGUCACGACGGCCAUGUUGGUGUUCCAAACCAAUCCUAUUGGAGUUGAACUCUUUUCUUAUGCAAACGCUUUCUUUUGUUCCAAUAAAUUUGCAUAGAUGCUGGCCACGUGAGUGAAAACACUCCAUUUGGGACCCUCACACUAGGCUUUAUCCUGCGCUCUACGGUGCUGAUAUAAACGAGCUUUAAGCAACGAGAACGCUGACGUCCUGGCCCUGGUUGUUCUAAAGAUGGAUAGUACUAUCCAUCGGAUAAUAUAUAGGACGCACUUAACAGACGACUUUUAACGUCUCAGACGUUAAAUGCGUCUUGUAUAAAAUGGGACGCAUGUAUGGCCAAAUUGUUCAGAAAUGACUGGGAAGAGUUAGUGAUUUGCCUUUUUUCAGAAAACCAGGGUUUUUUUUUCCACUCUUGUCAUCUACCUCAUCAUCAUUAUCAUUUAUAAUUUUCGUGUUUUGUUUGUCAUAAAUUAUGUAAUUAUGACGUCACAAUGUGCGCAAUGUACUUCUAAGAUUCACAGAAUAAAGAAAACAGGUAUCUUGACCAUCGAGAUACUAUGUCGUUACAAUAAUUGUAACAUUGGUGCCGAGACCAGGCGAAAAUGACAGAGGAUAUAAGCAAAAUGAAAUCGAUCCGAGCAGCCUACAAAGGACACUGUACACAAGAUUUUAAAAAGGCAGAAAAACUCAUAACUUCAAAGAGUUCAAAGAGUUCAGAUCACGCUGUCUUUGGAGACAGGAGAAGAUAUUCUAAAAGACACAGAAUCAGCCCUAUUGUUUAAAGACAAUAUAUCGGACUGGCAAUUCAAAAUUAAACAAUUUAUAAAGAGUAAACAAGAAACGCCGGUGAGUCAGUUCCAUCAUAGUAGUUUCAAACAAGCACCAACACCUCGAAUACAUAUCAAUUUACCCAAGAUAAACAUCAAAUCAUUUGAAGGAGAUCCACUUGAAUGGCUCAGAUUCUGGGAUAGCUUUAGUGCAGCUAUCGAUAAAAAUCUUGAACUAAGUGAUGUUGAAAAAAUGAAUUAUCUAAAUGGAAUGCUUAAAGGAGAAGCAGCGCGCGCUUUCUCUGGUCUGCCAUUGACUGAAAAAAAAUUACAGAAAGGCAACUGAGCUAUUAAAAGAGCGUUUUGGCAAAACCCAAAAUUUGACCAACGCUUACAUGGAAUCAUUAUCCAAGAUCCACGCGCCAUCUAGUGACACUAAAAAUUGAAGGGAAUUUCACGAUACAUGCGAAGCCAAUAUUUGUGGCUUAGAAACACUUGGAGUAAUGACCGAAUCAUAUGGAAGUUUGCUAAUUCCCAUACUCCUAAAGAAAAUACCCGAGGACAUACGCCGCUUAAUAUUCAGAGCAGAUCCUUUAGCAGAUAGCUCCCUGGAUAGAUUGAGGGUAGCCAUACGACAAGAAAUUGAAACACGAGAGAAAAGCCACAUAUCCUCUCUAGAAGAUUCCACGUCUGUUGCCAUGGACGGAGAAGUAUUCGUACCAACCGCUGGCGCUCUACUAACCAAUGCUCAACAAAAACAAAGAUUUCUCAACAGAAGAUCGAAAGCAUCACGACCAUGCACCUACUGCACGGAAAUACACCGCCCAGAGAAAUGUGACAAAAUAACAUCUGUAGAGGAACGGCGAUCUAUCCCUGAACGCCAACAAAGAUGUCUAAACUGUCUUGGACUCAAACACACGAAAAUUGAAUGCUACUCAAAAGGUCGAUGUAUGAAAUGUAAGAAGAAACACCAUACUUCAAUUUGCGAAGAAAAACAAGAAAAUCCAACACAAAGCUCAUCAUAUCAAAUGAAAGAAAACAGAAAUUCAAACAGUAGUCAGUCACCUACAAAUACCAUAGCGAAGAACACAACCCACAUGGGAGCAACACAUUCCCUUCAUCCUACAAAUCAUAUCCUGAUGCAGUCCGCCAUCACAAAGAUAAGUGGAGACGGUAAACAAUAUCGUCAAGCUCGCAUCCUGUUCGAUACGGGAUCACAAAGAACCUUUAUCACUCAAGAUAUGAAGCACAAACUUGAACUACAAACAAUGGGAAAAGAACUCCUGGAUGUAACCUCAUUCGGCUCAUUUCAAAGUACAAGAAAAGCAUAUGAUAUUGUCUCAUUUUCGCUAUCGACAGAAAAAGAGAAUAUCAAAGUAAAAGCGCUGGUAACUCCAAUUAUUUGUCCACCGCUAUCAGUCAUGAUGAAGAAUCUGAAGAUAUAACCUCCUGAAUUAAAAGGACUCAAACUUGCAGAUCGUUUGCUAUCAUCACAAAAUCUUGACGUAGAUAUCAUCAUUGGAAACGACUAUUACAGUCAGCUGAUUACUGGAAAAAUAAUAAAAACUGAAAACGAAGCCUUGAUUGCUAUAGAAAGCAAAUUCGGAUGGCUCCUGUCAGGACCCGUUCAAAACGAGAGCAACCAUGAAAACGACUUAAACACACUAUGUCAAAGGAUCGAAAUCAUGCCAGCAGAAGAGUCAAAACUCGACAACCUAUUAACCAAGUUCUGGGAAAUCAACAAAAUACCAGAAGAAAGCGACAAAAAUGAUGAUAUCAUCAUAAAAUUUCAGAAGACCAUCCGAUUUAACAAGGUAACUGGCAGAUACAACGUAAGACUCCCAUGGAAACUAAACAAACACGAUCUACCAACAAACCUCAUUUAAAGCAAAAGACGAUUGAACAGUCUUCUAAACAGCCUCAACAAGAAAGACCCAGGACUUAUUAAGAAAUACAACCAACAACUCCUUGAACAAGUUAAUCUCGGUUUCAUAGAGAAAGUGAGGAACCUCGGUCUUCACGAAGGCAUUUUGCAUUACAUUCCCCACUUCCCCGUUUCUAAAACAGACAGCGCGACAACCAAGAUGCGCAUAGUUUAUGACGCAUCUGCUAGAGUGUCAUCAGAAGCAUUGAGUCUUAAUGACUCUCUACACCCAGGUCCAAAUCUAAUGCAGGAUCUAACUGGUAUCCUACUAAAGUUCAGGACCUACAGAAUACCCUUCACAGCAGAUAUAGAAAAAGCUUUCCUACAAAUCCAACUAAAUAACCAAGACAGGGACGCUACUAGAUUCUUAUGGCUAAAAGACAUAAACAAAUCCGUUAACAGUGUGGACAAUUUGGAAGCUUACAGAUUUUGCCGCGUUCUAUUUGGAGCAGCGCCCUCACCCUUUCUACUAAACGCAACAAUACGAUAUCACCUCAACGAAAAAGAUAACUGGAUAACGAAGGACCUAACAGAGAACAUGUAUAUGGACAAUGUGGUCACAGGAACUAAUUGUGACGAUAAAGCCUUAGAAUAUUAUUCUUUGUCGCGAAGUUAUCUACAAGAAGCAGAAAUGAAUCUACGACAGUGGACCUCUAACUCAACCGCUUUAAAUCGCAGAGCACAAGAAGAUAAUGCACAUCCAGCUCAAACGACAAAAAUCCUAGGACUCACGUGGAAUUCAACAAAUGACAUGAUAUCCCUUUCACUAGAAAAAAUGAUCAGAAAAUCAGAAGCUAUCACAAAACUUACUAAGAGAUCCAGGAUCAGCUUUGCGUCAAAAUUGUUUGACCACCUGAGAUAUGUUGAACCCAUUACAGUUAAAGCAAAGAUCAUGAUCCAGGAUCUAUGGAAACAAAACUUAAGCUGGGAUGAGGAUGUUCCAAGCGAACAUAAAGACCAAUGGCUAAACUGGAUCAGCGAUAUCAGCAAUUUGACGUCAGUUGAAAUACGCAGACCAUACUUCCUCACAAGCAUUUCUAAUAGGCAACUUCAUAUAUUCUGCGACAGCAGCUAACUAGCUUACGGAGCAGUAGCUUACCUAAGAGGAAUGUCAGGAGCUGAAAUAUACACUGCGUUCACAAUGGCUAAAACCAGAGUUGCACCCAUUAAAACACAGACCCUUCCAUGACUGGAACUGUUAGCAGCACUCUUAGGAGCGCAAUUAUCUGAAUAUCUAACCAAGACACUACAGCUCACCAAAACCAAAUGCGAAGUCAUAUAUACUGGAGUGAUUCCCAAAUAGUGUUAUCUUGGAUAUCGUCUACUAAACAAUUACCACAAUUUGUUCGUACGCGAGUACACAAGAUAAAAGAAAUAACAUCAUCCAACUCAUGGAGAUUUUGCCCAACAUCGAUGAAUCCAGCCGACCUGCUGACUCGGGGACUUGAUACAAAAAUAUUCAACGACAGGAAACCGCUAUGGUUUCAAGGACCGCCAUGGCUGAGAGAGCCAGAAGACAAAUGGCCUCCACAACCCGGAACAUCAAUCCAUGCAGAGUAGGAGAGCCUACAAUUGGCAGUUACAGUUAUGCCAGGUAUUGAAGAAAAUCCAAACAUACUGAACGUCAUUGACUUAACGAAAUACAGCACUCUAAUACGCGUAGUCAGAGUCACUGCCCUUCUUGUCCUCUUUGCAAGAAAGUGGAAAACACCUGAAGUGUAUAAUGAUAACAUCCUCACCACAAAAGAAAUACUGGAAGCCAGAAAUUUGUUACUAAAAGCAACUCAACAAAUAACUUACAAACAUGAAAUAUCAUACCUAAAGAAGAGCGAUAAAUUAAAAAAAAACCUGCCAUCGUACGGCAACUCAAUCUUUAUCUUGACGAUGAAGACCUACUUCGCUGUCGUGGAAGGGUACAGUACCCAGAUCUACCCUACGAUGCAAAGUUUCCCAUCCUUAUGCCAAAAGAUAAUUACUUGACUACACUCAUCGUCCAAUCUAUGCACAAGACGGUUAUGCAUGGUGGAGUUUGUGAAACACUAACUCACAUCAGACAAACAUAUUGGAUACCACAAGGUCGACAGUUAUAGUUAAAAGAAUCAUCACCAAGUGCGUGACAUGUAGAAAAAUGCAAGGACCAUCAUUUCGAUCUGUACCCACACCACAUUUACCGAAAUCAAGAGUUCUACAAUCACAGGCCUUUCAAUUUACAGGCAUGUACAGGCAGGUAGUGGUUAGGUGUACUCGCGUCGAGUCGAAGGUGCCGGGUUCGAGUCCUGCUGAAUUAUUCGUUCCUUUUUUCUUUUUUUCCGUUUUUUGUGUUGUUGUUUUCUAUAAAUAUAUAGCUAAAUAACUGUUACUUAAUAAAAUGCAACAAACAGUAAGAAAAGUAUUGUGUUUCCAGAGAAAAUAUCGUGCACCGGAUAUUAAAUAUAUGGAUAAACGAUCUGAAUUUCUAUUAUUUCCUACAAUUUACUGUGGGAAAACCAGAGUUGAUAACCACUUGAUAAUUUUCUAAACAAGGUUCCCACGAGUUCUUUCUAUAGACUGAUAGUAAUUAUUCUAGUACUUUCCAACAUGUAUAUAAAUUGGGACAUUCAAUGUCAUUUUUGAUUCUUUUAAGUCUCACUGCCUAACUAAUGCCAGUAUCAACAGAAUGUGCCGCAGCAUUACUAUCUUUUAGAUACCCUAGUUAUAUACAUACUGAGAAAUACUCACCAAAAAGCUAUGUCCUAAAUUUUCGUACGCAAAUUAGUUCUAGCCAAUCAGAGGAGCGAACGAUGGUUUUCACACGUGAAAAAAAUGAUACGUCCAAUCAGAAUCGCCAACGAUGUUUUUUCACGUGUGAGGAAAAUGAUACGUCCAAUCAGAAGCCACAGAGGUGUGUGAGUUUCGCGCCAAAAUUCCCGCCUUUUAUUGCAGCUUGCAGCGCCGCUUCGCACACAUUCAACGAGAAAAUUUUACUCAAAGAGUUUUUCUCGCUAGAAAAGUGAAAAACAUUUCUUAAAUGGAGUGGAGUAGUUUCGUUUGUUUCACUGUCGAUAAAGAAACGGUAGAGAGCCGGCGAAACAACAGCGAACGAGACGUAAGCUUUUGUUGUGCUUUUUGUCGGAGCUACUUUGCCUUUCAUUUAAGCUUAAGCUUAUAUUGAAACCGGCCAUUUUACUUAAAUUCACUCAUUUUCAAUUGUGCAUUGAGAACAAACAGUUAAGAUUACUUAUAGUUCUUGGAUUACCUCAUAUCCUUACCGUCAUUUAUUAACAAAACGUUUUUACUAAAAAGCUGAUACUUCGUUUUCGUUGUCAUUUUGCGGAAAGUGUGUAGCGGGAAAUUUUAGCAUUUUUGAAAGAUUUAAAAUAAAAAGGCCGCCAAAAUGAUGAAUGUCUCAGUAUGUAUAUAAUAAACAUAAUACCACAUGGAAAGUGCUUUGUACGGUAUUUACGCACUCUUGUUUUUGUAUCAGAAAUCUUACUCGUUCGCUGCGCUCACUCGUUCAAUUUCUGAUACGUCAACAACUCGUGCGUAAAUACCGUACGCCAGCACUUUCCAUGAAGUAUUCUCUAUAUAUGAUACGAAAGCCAAAUUCAAUAACUGUUUUAUUAUUCAUUCAAAAUAAUUCCUAGUUUAAAAACAUAGCUAAAACAUACUUACUUCCAUCGAUCCAUCGAUGUUCAGUUCAUCUUCGAUAGUGUACGUUUAGGUUUGUCCAGCUCCGCAAAUAUUCUCCAAAUAGCAGAUGUCGCCCUUCGAGUUGUCUUCUUGCUGUUCUUGACGUGUUUUUAGCUAUUUUUUCGCCUAGUUCAUACACUUGAAACGAAUGAAAUGUCCGCCAUUUUUUCGAGUUCACAACCAAAACAACUCAACCUCGUCCCCAGGUCUUCUCGGUUAACGGUGCCUUAACCUAAGAAAACGUUGCAUUUUUGACGUCAUUUCCUCGUUAAAGUCAAAAUUCUUCCAAAUUUGGUCAUCAGUAACUGGUUAUGGUGAAUUAAACGUGUGCUUUUAGCCAAUCAGAAUCGGGGAAAUAUUUUGAAUGAAUAAUGAAAGUUAAUAACUAAGUAUUACAGCUUGAAAAAAGUACACACUACAAUUAUAAACCAACAACUUAGCAAUACGGCAGCGAUCGAGAUACAAAACUCGGCACUGGAUCGUGCAAGACCUCUAGUUUACAAAUUAUGGCAUUAGGAAGCAAAAUGUAACGGGUACUAUUGUCAUCCAUUGAGAUUAAGGUGUUGAUCAAAUCCGAUACCUGCCUCUCAAGUCAAUCGUUACAUCAAAAUCGCUGCGAUCGCCGCUCGAUUGCUGACAAGUUCUCUCUUUUUAAUCCGGCUAGCGAUGAAAAGCGAAGCGAUCACACAGAAAAAGCGGCAAAUAAGUCCAACAAGGCCAGCAAAAAUAUCCAAAUUUAGUAUAUACACACUCAGAUCUUGGUGAUUUAAGCAAUCUGAUUGGUUCGCUAUCUCGGGCUAUUUAACAAUUAUUCUUUGAAAUCGAGGUGAAUAGUGGCAAAAUAUUUACCGAGCCGCGAAAGCGGCGAGGUAAAUAUUCCCAAAGCCACUAUUCACCGAGAUUGAGAAGAAUAAUUGUUUUAGUAUAUACACACGAAGUGAUCUCAACAAAAUCAGAAAGGAAACCAUUCAAAAGUAGGAUUUGAUUGACAGAUCAAAUCACGCGUAAGUUUAAAAAUAGAUCUUUGCAGAAUUUUCAAACAUGGCAAUUCACAAGUUUACUCAUUUCGCAAACAACAGCGUAAUGGCUUCAAUGGAAUCGCUAAAAGUUUGAACUGUUUCCUUACCUGAGAAAAAAAGUAGAGCUGUGUUGUUUUCUGUUGACUCGCCAAGUUUAUAGCCAAAAGGGCAUGUUGUGUCGUUCUUCGCAUGAAGUGCUGACAAAAAUGGCGGCUUGGUUGCUCGAGGUAAGAGGUCGUCUUCCUGUAUCAUUCUUUUUCCUGUUUACUUGAAAUGUAGAAUUUCUGCAAACAUUUUCUUUUAAAUUUGUUUGUCAUAAAUAAACUUCGAUUUUUGAGCCAAAAUUUUCUUCUUAGAAAACGCUGAGUUCACGAAACUGCUUCUUCUACGCGAAUACACGGGAGUUGUAAACAAUCCAUCGAGCACAAAACUCCGAUCCUGCUACAGUAAAUUGAAAAACGCCGUAUUGAAUCCUUCCAAGUCUUUUCUUGCUUUAAAAAAAGUCAGCCCUAGGAUUUUGUCGACUUUUAAAAGAUCGUUCUCUAAAAAAAACGGGAAAAACACCGAGCUCACACAUUAUCCACUCGCUAGGAGGUGAAUAUUGUUGAAUAGUCCGAGAUAGCGAACCAAUCAGAUUGCUUAAAUCACCAAGAUCACUGAGUGUGUACAUACUAAUCAACAAUAUUCACCUCCCAGCGAGUGGAUAAUGUGUGAGCUCGGCUUUUUUCCCAUUUUUUUAGAGAACGAUCUUUUAAAAGUCGACAAAAUCCUUGGGUUGACUUUUUUUCAGGCAAGAAAAGAAUUUGAAGGAUUCAAAACGGCGUUUUUCUAUUUACUGUAGUUGAGUUUUGUGGUUGAUGGAUUGUUUACAACUCCCGUUUAUUCGCCUAGAAGAGGCCGUUUCGUGAACUCAGCGUUUCCUAACAAGAAAAACUUGGCUCCAAAACGAAGUUUAUUUAUGAAAAACAAAUUUGAUAGCAACUGUUUGCAGAAAUUCUACGUUUCAAGUAAAUAGGAGAAAGAAUGCUUCAUGAAGACGACGUCUUACCUCGAGGAACCGAAUCGCCAUUUUUGUCAGGACUUCAUGCGAAGAACGACACAACAAACCUUUUCGGCUAUAAACUUGGCGAGUCAACAGAAAACAACAAAGCUCUUCUUUUCUUCUCAGGUAAGGAAACAAUUCAAACUUUUAGCGGUUCCAUUUAAGUCAUUACGCUGUUAUUUCUGAAGUGAUAAGCUUGUGAAUUGCCAUGUUUGAGAACUCUACAAAGAUCUAUUUUUAAACUUUGGCGUGUCUAGCUGACCUGAUCUGUCAAUCAAAUCGUACUUUUUAAUGGUUUCCUCUCAGGUUUUGCUGAGAUCACUUCGUGCGUAUAUACUAAAACAAUUAUUCUUUUCAAUCUCGGUGAAUAGUGGCUUUAGGAAUAUUUAGCCACUAUUCACCUCGAUUUCAAAGAAUAAUUGUUAACUAUUUACUUUUCUUGUCCCGCGUGGGUUAUCACGCCGGUAAACCCAUAGAAAGUGUGGUCUAUUGCUUUUAUAAAAUAACUUUUAGUAGAAUGGAGUCUUUUAGGUAAAAAAUAUUGUUUUAGUACCGUGAUCAAGUCAUGUCUUCUCUCUAAAGUCAUCAUAAGCCAAUCAUGACUCACGAUUUAAUAGCGCUGAACUUUCUCAAAACUCAGUUCAGUCAAACAACAAACAGCAACACUUCAAAACACGAGUUUUUGCACUCAUUACAUGAUAACUUAUGAAAGCUGUUUUACAGGAAAAGUCAACAUAUUCAUGCGAACGUACAAUGAAAGAAUACGUUCAUGGUUUGUUUACUACAGAAGUAGAAAUUAAUUGAACAUCAGACUGUACGCAGCUGUAUUUUGUUGUGUCGAUCCGUAAGAAUUUCGUGCUUACAGACGGAACUGGCAGCUAUUGUAAUGGAGGACUUCAUUCACAUUUUACAAGCCGCGUUGGUUUAAGAUCCGUUUUCUGGACUUUAUUAUGAUUAAGAAAUGCUGCGGUGACGACGUGGCUGCAUUUGCGAAGUUGUCGCAUGUAACUUUAUAUGCACGUAAAGCGACCGAUGGAAAUAUGUCAGUGGUGGAGAAAGGUUUCUUUGCCGUAGCCACAUAUUGGCGUUAAUAUUUGUCGAUUUGUAAAGUCGGGUGGUUUGAGGUAGGUUAUGGCAUCGAUAUCACCGAAUAAUUUGUGCAAAUGUUGGAAAAAAACCAGCCCGAAACUCUGACAUCUUUCAUCAUCGUUGGCAGCUUGUUUACAACCUACAGCGGCCGAUUUUGUACCAUAUCUUGAUCAGAGAUCUCUUUUUGGAACAAUUUCUUUCAUUAAGGAAUUUAAUUUUGACAUGAAAUAAAUCAAGAAUGCUAAAACUAUCCGUUUUGUUGCUGGUUGGCACAUGGUUAAGUUUUCCUGGAGACUUUCUACACCAGAAAUUCACACAGUUGUUGUCUUUCUCUGCGAUUUGGCAUCGUCGUGAAAUGUAAACUGCUUUCCAGCUUUGUACUUUAUUACUUCUAAAGCUAUGGCAUUAAUAAAAUGUGGAAACCAACGCUUUUGAUGUUAAGAAGGGCUGGGUAAGUAACUUGUUCUGUUUUUUAGCCUUUCUAAAAUCAUUGUUUGCAGAUCAAUAGCCGGUUUUGUUUAUGGCUCGUGGUCCGGAUGUCUUUUUCUAUGGGUUUACUGGUAUAAUAAACCAUAGGUUUUUGACCAAUCAGAUCACGCGUGCUAUCUCAGUUAUUUUAUAAAACAGAAUAACUGCUACUCGCAGACAUAAAUAACGAGCUAUAACGUCUCUUCCUUGCCCUGAUUUCAAGACAAACCCUUCGCGCAACGGCCUAGAAUAUUAAAUGUGCGCGUAUAUCAACACGUGUUUAUCACAUCAUUGAAAGCAAGUAAGUGUUUUAAUGAAAGAAACUGACCUGAUUACACCGGAAGGCCACUGUAUAGGAAUAUUUAACUUCUUGCUUAAAUCGAAGCGAAGCACACUCGUUGUACUUGACAGAUCUUCAAAGGCAUAGCAACCAUUUUAACACCACACUUUUAAAUGACACAAGGCGAUUUGCGAUACCUUCGUCCAAGUCAACAACCAGGGCGACUUUACGCAUGACCGAUUCCCAAUACAGAAACGGAAAUGAUAAAAACAUUCAAGUAUUUCACUGCCGAUGACCUUUUUAAGAGAUCUUUUAACACCCCAAUAUUUUAUGCAAGAUUAAAGAUCGGAGAAUUUUCAGUGAAGUCUGUAAUGUGUAGCUUCAAAAAAUAUUUAUACCCACCCCCCUCCCACACACGGGAGGCACUUUUGUUUUAGACCCACCCCCUGGAAUUUCUGUAAUUUUCCGACUUACCUUUAGACUUAUAUUUCCGUAAAAAAUACCGUUACACUAUACUUUUGUGCGAAAGAUAAUUUUUUUUUAAGAUAAAGAGAGGUAAAUUCCAUGACACUACCAUCCUGAUUCCGUUUUUGGCCAAAGCUUUUUAGUUAAAUCAGUGACGGUCGAGACGCCCUCCGUUUAGCAGUUCGCGGCUUCGCCGCUUGUGUGCAUGGUUUACGCCUUGGGUAACUUUGCACGGAAAAAUAAUCAGACUGCUCGCAGUUUAAAGUCGUUCAAGCAACGAAUACAUAUCUCUUGUAACAAAAAGGCCUUCCGUUGGCAAAAUAAUUAUUCUACUUGCGUAAACCUUCGCAAACUGACUAAAGAAUUCUAUGUAAGAUUUGUUUUCGGAAUAAUUGUUACGACAUGCAUUUAGUUUCCCUCGCUUUUAGCUAAAGAUCACACACACACUCACGCAAAACAAAAGUGUUUAAACUCAGCAUUUGCAACUCACACGCACAUUGUUCGCACGCGUUUUACUUGCCGUUUGUCGCGGCUUGCUUUGAGAGGUCCCAGGAGUUUUUCUAUGUUGACAUUAAGAGCAACGACUCAAAUUUCUAAUUACUUUGGGUAAGCUGUCAAGCGAUGACUUGUGAAUAAAGUGAAAACAUUCAGUCGUUGUGAUUUAGAGAGGAUCGUAAUAUAUGUUGUAAUAUGUGAGUUGUCAACACGCAUUUUGUUUUACAUUGCGCAAUCGGUAAUUUAAGAUCGACCGACUUCGCUGAUCUCUAAGUCCUAAGGAUCAUCAUGUUUCUUUCCUUAGCCUGCAGACAUGUAGGACUUGGUAGAGAUUGUCAAAAACGAUAUUUAAUCGUUCUUGGCACAUCUCAGUACUUUCUUAUCCCUGGCCUGUGGACGUGUUUAAAUUGGUAGGUAUGGUCAGGAACGCUUAUUAAUCGCACUUGCCACAUCUCAAUACUUUCUUCUCUUAGCCUGCAGGCAAGUAGGACUUGGUAAAGAUUUUCAAAAACGAUUAUUAAUCGUACUUGGCACAUCUUUCUUAUCUAUAACUUGCAGACAGGUUGAAACUGGUAAAUGUGGUCAGGGACGAUUAUUAAUUAACUUGGCACAUCUCUAUACUUUCUUACCAGUAGCCUGCGGCAGACAGGUUAAAACUGGUAAAUGUGAUCAGCAAAGAUUAUUAAUCGUACUUGGCACGUCUCAAUACUUUCUUUCCUUAGCCCGCGGGGGACGUACGACUCGGUAGAGAAUGUCAAAAACGAUUAUUAAUCAUACUUGCCACAUCUCUAUACUUUCUUAUCUAUAGGCUGCAAACAGGUUGAAACAGGUAAAUGUGGUCAGGGACGAUUAUUAAUCGUACUUGGCACAUCUCAACACUUUCUUAUCCCUUUCCCGUAGACAUGAUGAAAUUGGUAUGUAUAGCCAGGAACCCUAAUUAAUCGUACCUGGCACAUCUCAAAACUUUCAAAUCCCUAGCCUGUCGGCAUGUUGAAAUUGGUAUUUAUGGUCAGAAACGUUUAUUAAUCGUGCUUGGCACAUCUCAAUACUUUCUUAUCCCUAGCCUGUAGACAUGUUAAAAUUGGUAGGUAUUGGUAAGGAAAGCUUAUUAAUCGUACUUGGCACAUCUCAUACUUUCUUACUCCUAACUUGAGGACAUGUUGAAAGUGCUAGGUAUGGGCAAGAACGCUUAUUAAUUCUACUUGGAAAAUCUCAAUACCUUCCUACAGCUGUUCCUAUCCCUAGCCUGUGGACAUGUUGAAAUUGAAAUGUAUGGUCAGGAACGCUUUCUUUUAAAAUCGUUCCUGGCACAUCUCAAUACUUUCUUAUCCCUAGCGUGUAGACGUAUUGAAAAUUGGUAGGUAUGGUCAGAAGCGCUUAUUAAGCGUGCUUGGCACAUCUCAAUACUUUUUUUGUACCUAGCCAGCAGACAUGUUAAAAUUAGUAGGUAUGGUAAGGAACGCUUAUUAACCGUACUUGGCAGAUCUCAAUACUUUCUUAUUCCUAGCGUGUAGACGUAUAUUGAAAUUAGAGGGUGCUAAUGGGGGUACCCAAUUCUCAGUUAACUACUAUUUUUUUGGCCAAUUCUCAGUUAGCUAUACUAAUAAUUUUGGUUAGCUUUUAACUUUUACUUUCCUACAGCGAAUAUUAUUCCGUCAUAACCCGAAGUUUCCUUCUUUCAGCAAGUCAAUCACUUUUGGGGGUAGGCCCUACUAAAAACAAGGUAUAAAUUUACAUGAACUCUGCCACUAGUGCAAUUUAUUAGUAACUGAAAAUGUAAGUCGUAUAAGCAAAAUAGAUCCAGACGCACCAGUCAUGAUAUCGUACUAAUCUUCCCGACAUGGUCAAGCAUGUCCUGCCAUAAACUACCUGAAAAGCCACCUUCUUCGGCACUUUCAUUAUUUGAUCGGAAUCAGUCUUGUACUAAUCUGGUUGCUGUAUGUCCUGUAUCUUGAUGUUGGUCUACGUUUCAAUGCAUUUUUAAUCCUUGCAAUCCGUUGUAACAGACGACGAGAAGCAUAAUCAAUGCCAAAAUAUAGUCUUAAAUCACAGAACUGGACCAUUAUUUUUUGAAUUCAAUUGGUGAAUUUAAUCACUGUUUUCACCGAUGAGAGAGACAUAGUUGAGAAUGCUGACAAAGGCAUGACAUGACACGGGACAAUUCGACUUUUCGUGAGCAUAGCCCACUUCGAACUCGUAGUUCUUUUAAGCGAUUGCUAGAUAUGGUCAGUAACAAUAAUUAAUCGUACUUGGCCUUUCUCAACACUUUCUUAUCCCUAACCUGUGGACAGCGCCUUAACCAGUAGCGGGCUGCAUUUUUGACGUCGUUUUCCUCGUUAAACACAAAAUUCUUCCAAAUUUGGUCAUCAGUAACUGGUUAUGGUGAAUUAUGCGUGUGCUUUUAGCCAAUCAGAAUUGGGGAAAUAUUUUGAAUGAACAAUAAUGUAAUUUAACUGAAGCAAUUAAUAAGCGAUGUUGUCUUUGAAUAUUUUCUAGUGCCAACCAGCUCCAACCCAAAUCUAUCUUCAUUAGAAGUUCUUAGUAAGGAAGCCACUGUUGCCCUUUCUGUUGUUGGAGCGAUCCUGUUCCUCCUUGUGUUCGCCUUCGUUUGCUUUAUACGCCAUCAGCGGAAGCAGAUUGUGGAGUAUCGCAAUCAGUUGUUUCGAAUACACACUGGAAAACACCAGGUAAAAUACCAUGUAAAACGAGUUUAAAAUGAAGCCACUACAUAACAACCAGUGCCUGCUUGGAUUCUGCAACUUAUUUUGGCUGAAAAUGAUGUUUGUUGGACUGCGUAAAUUUCACACCCCUCCCAUUCCAAGAUCAUACUCAACACCUACAAUGACAACUUUAAACGCGAAAAAACGGAGGAGGGGGAUUUCUUUUACUUGUGAAAAUUUUGUCUCAGAGGAGCAAUUAAAUUAGAAAAAGGGGUUUUAUAAGCAAACGUCUCUCAACCUUUGUUCAAACAUGACGGCGAAAAUAAAAUCAAUUUGCAAUCUUUCAAACUUCAUCUCUCGAUUAACGUCAACUCCUUUGAUAUGUGAAACGUAGGUGACUUUACGUGGAGUAUACGUAGUUGAAUUUCUAUGGACAGUCAAGUUAAAAAAGGGAAUAAAAAAUUUAUCGUCAGUGCCGGUUAACGUCCUUCGCAAAACGCGCAUUGGGACUAAUUUUUCACGUCGUAGGCGUGCAAUUAAGUUUGAUGGCCCGUGCAAAGUUGUCGUUUUGGUUGUUAAUCCGACCCGCUACCGUUUUACCUUCUCGUUGCCGUUGUCGACUCUCUUUUGCUUAAAAUCUUUAGUAACCUUUCGAAAGUGCAAGGUUGCUUUACUUAUGGCCACUUUACAUUCGUGUAAACUCUCAUGGUGUUGGACACUUUUGAGAAUGAUUAUACAUCAGGGACCGCGGAGCAAGGUGAAAAGUGGGAGGGCUGACAAUUGAAAAUAAUUUUUUCAGAUUGAAAAUCGAAAAAAGGAAUAAAAUCAUAGUAUUUGAUUUGUUUCUGUCGCGUGACUUUGCAUACUUUAUCCAGUAUUUGUUGCUCUUUAUAGGUCGGCAUUAGUGGCGCUUGAAAUUAAAGAAAAUACAGAGAAUAUAGCGGAAUAUAGACGGAAAAAAACUUGUUUCAAGUCUUUUUUUUAUUUUAAUUAUUUUUCUUUUUAGCGCAAAAAGUGGGGGUGGGGGCGCAAAAAAGUGGUGGGGCCGCGGCUCUACCAGCCCCUCCCCCUCUACGGUCCCUGUACAUUUAUCAGCAUCUGGGUUGCUUGGUCGAGGCCAGUCGACAGACAUAAUUUGCAAAAUUGCGACCAUAGAUUGCUCCUCGUUUUAAAAUAGAUGUAUAUAUAUACUCACGGAUAGUAAAGAUGGCUGACAUUUUGUUCAUUUCAUUGUAGGCUACGAACCAGUCUGUUCCGCAAAAAUAGUCACGACUUUCUUGUAGACCUACCGUGAACGAGGUGCUGAGUUUCUUUGCGGAGUGGCCAUAAAUUUAAGUCUACUUUUCAAACCUAAACUGGCUUUUGUUUAUUCUUUGACUCGAUUCAAAAAGUGAUCCAUUGCGCUGAAAUAGCCUUCUAAAUUCAGGUAAUACUCAUGAACCAAACAGUUUCCAGUUGGAGGGAAUGAACUUACCAUUGCUUAGACUAAAUAGGUCCCUAUUGUAUACGUUAAGUAAUAAAAUAUUUCUUGAUUGUUUUAGAUUGACAAUAAUCGUACACUGCUCGAACAAUGUAAUGAUCUGCCUUAUGACCCUGAUUUCGAGUUUCCUGAGGACAAGCUCAUUCUUGGGGAGUUGCUAGGAUCAGGGGCCUUCGGAAAAGUCAUUAAAGCAGAGGCUAUAGGAAUAAACAACAAAAGUCAAAAGAAAAGUCAGCGACGACCUAAAACGUUUGGUCAACACACGACCGGCCAUGCGUACCACGAUCCCAGAGGCAGUGCGUACACGAAGACCACCGUAGCUGUAAAGACUGUUAAAGGUAAUGUUUCAAGUCAAGAGAUCUCUAUUUCAACUUGUGUAACUUUUACCAUGGAACAAGGAUGGCUGGUACUUGACGGGGGUUGGUGGAGGGGGACAAAAAAGGAAUUUGGUUUAUAGUUACUGUAGCAGCUGAUAAUAUGCAGGGGAGGGGAAGAGUUACCAGGUUACCUGCGCGGUAAUGAUUUGGGAGACGGGGUAAGGUUGAUUUGGGAAUCUGUGCCUACCAGUGGAAAAAACUCCAGCCAUGCCCCUGGAUUCAGCAUGGGUGAGGUGGGCAAUUCGCAUAGGGCCUCUAUCAUGCAUGAGUACCGUUCGUGCUCAUUCCUAUUGCUGAGGUUUGUGCCCAGUUAAACUUAACUUUGCUUGUGACAUGGUCACAUGGACUCCACUAGACCCUGUAGAAACUGCACUUUUUUUUAACUGACCGAGUACGAUAUUUUGGCACUUCAGAGGGAGCUACUAAAGAGGAAGUAAGAGACCUGGCAUCAGAGCUGAAAAUUCUAAUUUACGUUGGAGAACACAAAAAC